AUGGUGCGGAGCAUGGACAAAGCCAAGGCGCUUGCCGAGAAGCAGAAAGGCAACGAUGCGUUUGCCAAGAAAGAGUGGGCCGAGGCCAUCGGCUUCUACUCGGCCGCACGCCUCGCCGAUGCGAGCGAGCCUACGAUCCCGCUGAACCGCGCCAUGGCCUACCUCAAGCUGUCCAAGUUCCUCGACGCCGAACGCGACUGCACAACAGCGCUGCAGCUCUCGCCGAACAACGUCAAGGCUCUCUACCGUCGUGCUACCGCCAGGAUGGGAGCCGAAAAGUUCGAAGCGGCUCGUGAGGACUACGACAUGGUGUUGCAGCUCGACGCUGGAAACGCCGAAGCAAAGGCAGGACUGACCAAGGCGAAGGAGGCACUCGAGCGAGCAAAGACGCGGCGGACGGAUCCACUUGAUCUGCCCAUGGUGGCGCCAGAGGGCAACUCUGCGAACUCUGCGAUCAACGCAAGUGGCUUUGAUCUGGCAAAUGAAGGCACCGCCCAAAGCGACUCGAAUAGCUCGGUCGAGGCAGCGAGAAAGUUCCUUCAGCAAGUAGGAAUGUCGGAUGGCUCCGAAGAGCAGGAGUCUGGUUCUAAGGCGGCCUCUUCCGCCGGGAACGUGCCGCCAAAGUUUCCAGGCGAGACGGGCGGUCUACUGCGAGAGGUGACUACGCGCAGGACAGCAAACUCGGCCACCGCCAAACAGGACACGCAGCGUGCUGCGUCGUCUACAGCGGCCGUUGCAGCUCCGACCAGCAGCAGCGGGAGCGUGUCUCAAAAGACCGCAUCGGCUCUCAGCUUUGGUGCAGGUCCAUCUCAACGACCAGCACGAGUCACACAGCCACAAACGCUUUCGGCAUCCACAUCGAACCAUGGCAAGCUCUCAGCCAUCGAGUUCCAGCGUCGAUGGAAGAACAAGUCGGAGCGUCUGCAGCUGCUGUCGUCGCUGGACAUCGACUCGAUACCCGGUAUGAUCGACGCGAUGCUCGAGCCAGAACUGGUGGCUGAAGUGCUGGAAACCCUGGCGCAGGGCCAUCGAUCCUUGCCGCAGGAUGAAAAGCUACAGAGAAUGGUCGCAGACGUAUUGACAGUGCUGCCGCGGUGCAAGCGGUUCGGCAUGACGGUCGCCAUGCUGGACGAGUCGGAAAAGGCUCACGCUUCGUAUCUCGUCGAUGCGGUCGGCAGAUCCGAUCUCAAAACUGUUUGGGAGCUCAAUUGA